AGGAUGCAUUUUACUUCCCUAGGUUGUAUUUAUUUAACUUAUACGACACAAGAAACCUCUUCAGUAGUGCCAGCUGGGUCUAAUAAGGGGAAUAGGUGAUUUAAAACAAAAACCUUCUCCAAAAAUUUGAAACUGCGAGCGAACGCAUGGUGGUGCUGUUGACUAAGAAGGUGAAAUUAACUACAGCCAUUAUGCAUACUCGGGAAGGCAGGAAUCCGGUGCGGUAAGCGAGGGUUUGUGAGCCUAGGCAGGCUUGUAAGCAAACAAAUCAGCGGCUCUGGAAAGGAUUAUUUGUUACACUGCCUCCAAAGGUUGGGGCAAAAGACUUUGCUCUCAGCGCUGUCUGUGGCUCAGCUUGGCGACAUUCCCUGGAAGAUCAAGGCGAAAGUGCAAUGAAGGCAAGAGGGGAGCGCUUUCUUAGACAAAGGCAAGUCCUACUUCUCUUUGUUUUCUUGGGUGGGUUUCUGGCUGUGUCAGAGUCCGGUCGCUAUUCUGUGGCUGAGGAACAAGAGAGGGGCUUUUUAAUAGCCAACCUAGCAAAGGAUCUGGGACUGAGGGUAGGAGAACUGGCCGCGAGGAGAGCCCAAGUUGAGUCCAAAGGGAACAAACGGCAUUUUCAGUUCAACUAUCAGACGGGUGAUUUGCUCCUGAAUGAGAAAUUGGAUCGGGAGGAGCUGUGCGGCCCCACAGAGCCAUGUAUACUGUAUUUUCAGGUAUUGCUGCAAAACCCUUUACAGUUGUUUACAAAUGAGCUCCAGGUCACAGAUGUAAAUGACCAUUCUCCCAUAUUCCUUGAAAAUGAAAUGCAGCUGAAAAUCCUAGAAAGCAGUCCACCAGGAACAACAUUUCCUUUGGAAAAUGCUGAGGACUUGGAUGUGGGAAGAAACAGUCUCCAAAACUACACAGUCAUUCCCAAUUCCCAUUUCCACGUUCUCACGCGCAAUCGUAGGGACGGAAGGAAAUACCCAGAACUAGUGCUGGACAAAGCGCUGGAUCGCGAGGAACUGCCGGAGCUCAGUUUAACACUCACAGCGCUGGAUGGCGGAUCUCCACCCCGGUCUGGGACAGCCCAGAUCAACAUCCUGGUGUUAGACAUAAAUGACAAUGCCCCAGAAUUUGCACAAUCUCUCUACGAGGUUCAAAUUCUAGAGAACAGUCCCCUUAACUCCGUCAUUGUCACUGUCUCAGCUACUGAUCUAGAUACAGGAAAUUUUGGGACAAUAGCAUAUGCAUUAUCCCACGCUUCGGAAGAAAUUCGCAAAACUUUUCAACUAAACCCAGUUACCGGUGAUAUUCAACUAGUCAAGUACUUGAAUUUUGAGGCGAUUAAUACUUACGAAGUCGACAUAGAGGCCAAGGAUGGCGGAGGACUUUCCGGAAAAUCCACAGUCAUAAUUCAGGUGGUGGACGUGAAUGAUAACCCACCGGAACUGACCUUAUCGUCAGUUAACAGCCCUAUCCCAGAGAAUUCGCUGGAUACUGCGGUAGCUAUUUUCAGAAUUUCCGAUCUAGACUCUGGAGACAAUGGAAGGAUGAUGUGCUCCAUCCCGGAAGAUCUUCCCUUCGUCCUGAAACCAUCCGCAGAGAAUUUUUACACUCUAGUGUCAAAAGGAGCGCUGGACAGAGAGAAGAGAGCCCAGUACAAUGUAACUAUCACCGUCACUGACUUGGGUACCCCCAGGCUGAAAACGCAACACAACAUAACGGUGUGGGUUUCAGAUGUCAAUGACAAUGCUCCAACUUUCACUCAAAGCUCCUACACCCUGUUUGUCCGCGAGAACAACAGCCCCGUCCUGCACAUGGGCAGCGUCAGCGCCACAGACAGAGACUCAGGCACCAACGCCCAAAUCACCUACUCGCUGCUGCCGCCCCAGGACCCGCACCUCCCCCUCGACUCCUUGAUCUCCAUCAACGCGGACAACGGCCACCUGUUCGCUCUCAGGUCGCUGGAUUACGAGGCCCUGCGAGCCUUCGAGUUCCGCGUGGGCGCCACAGACGCAGGCUCCCCGGCGCUGAGCAGCGAGGCGCUGGUGCGCGUGGUGGUCGGGGACGACAACGACAACUCGCCCUUCGUGCUGUACCCGCUGCAGAACGGCUCUGCGCCCUGCACAGAACUGGUGCCCAGGGCAGCCGAGGCGGGCUACCUGGUGACCAAGGUGGUGGCGGUGGACGGCGACUCGGGCCAGAACGCCUGGCUGUCCUACCAGCUGCUCAAGGCCACGGAGCCCGGGCUGUUCAGCGUGUGGGCGCACAAUGGCGAGGUGCGCACCGCCAGGCUGCUGAGCGAGCGCGACACAGUCAAGCACAGGCUCCUUGUGCUGGUCAAGGACAAUGGCGAGCCGCCAAUGUCGGCCACCGUCACGCUGCACGUGCUCCUGGUGGACGGCUUCUCGCAGCCCUACUUACCGCUCCCAGAGAUGGCCCCGGACGAAGCCCAGGCCGACUUGCUCACAGUCUACUUGGUCAUUGCGUUGGCGUCGGUCUCGUCGCUCUUCCUGUUCUCCGUGCUCUUGUUUCUGGCGGUGUGGCUGUACAGAAGGAACAGGGCCGCCUUGGUGGAUUGCAACCCAGUGCCUGACAGCAACUUUCCGGGCCACUUGGUGGACGUAAGGGGCACCGGGACCCUGUCCCAGAGCUACCAAUAUGAGGUGUGCCUGAUGGGAGCCUCUGGGAUAAAGCAGUUCAAGUUCCUGAAGCCAGUUAUCCCCAGUGGUCUAGUUCAAGACACUGAGCAAUACUAGAGCAAAACUCCAAUUGCAGGAAUA